UGAUCAGUUUUCAAACUAUGGCGCCUACUCGUUUGACUAAUGAAUUCAGAGUAGAAAUUAAGAUUAGUUUUGAUUUCUCAUUUCCAGCCAGGUGAGGGAGAACACUUGGAGAACUCAUCCACAUUCUUCACGUUCAAUUCCUUGAUCAUGGCUGCGGCAGGCGGUGAAAGAGAGUCAAACAAGCUUCAGCUCUACUCCUUCUGGCUGAGCUCUUGCUCUUGUCGUGUUCAAAUUGCUCUCAAUCUCAAAGGACUGGAUUUCAAUUACAAACCAGUUGACCUGGUGAACGGCGAACAAUUCAACCCUGAAUUUUUGAAGCUGAAUCCUAUGGGGUAUGUUCCGACACUUGUUGAUGGAGACAUAGUUAUUUCAGACUCUUUUGCCAUUUUGAUGUAUUUGGAAGAAAAGUAUCCGCAGCAUCCAUUGUUGCCCAAGAAUCUUAAGUUAAAGGCUAUCAAUUUUCAGGCUGCAAAUAUUGUUUCUGCACAUGUACAGCCUCUACAGAAUCCAGCUAUUCUUGACUAUAUUGAAGAAAAAGUUGGUCCUAAUGAGAAAGUUCCAUGGUGUCAGACUCAUGUACGAAAUGGCUUUGCAGCACUGGAGAAGCUGUUGAAAGAUUAUGCUGGAAAGUAUGCCACUGGUGAUGAGAUAUAUCUGGCUGAUCUAUUUCUAGUGCCACAAAUCCAUGCAGCAAUGAACAGAUUGAAUAUGGAUAUGAAUGAAUUCCCACUUAUAUCUCGGGUAUACGAGGCAUACAAAGAGGUGCCUGCUAUUCAAAAUGCCAUGCCAGAGAAACAGCCUGAUGCACCCGCUGAUGCAAGAGUUUGAGGUGCUUACUCAUUAAUGGAUUAUAUUGACUCGGGUGGUUCAAUCUGAGUCAAAUAACUCAAUAAUUAAAUGACAAAUAAUAAGAGACAAAGACAAAGGUAAUGGAAUGCGAAAGGCAAUAAAUUAUUAUACAAAGACAAAGUUUGUAUUAAUGAGUUGUGUCGAGCUAUUACCUACAAGAUAUUGGAGUGAUGUCUUAA